GGAAAAAGGUUCAUUGUCAGAAUCGACAUGCCAUAUUAUAUUUGGACUACCUGGAGAACAAUGCCGCCCGUAUUUUUUCCCCGUCUUCCCGUCAUUAACGCUAUUUGCCCUGCCAUUCUAUAUCUUUAUUGUGUGUUCAACUAUCAAUUAUUCAAGCAUUCUGCCGCCACUUCAGCAUGCCGUUUCUUUUCCUGCUGCUUCUGCAUCGUAAUUGGGCCCAGCCAUCGUAGCUGCUGAAUGGUUAUUGCCGUGGCAUGACACGGC